CCCCGUUCUCCCGCACCAAAAACCCCAAAUCGCACUCGACCAUCGCGAUCGCGGAGACGACGAAGCUCCUCCGCCUCCUCCUCCUCUUCUCUCUCUCGCGCUCUCUCAGGGAUUGGAAAAGCAGUAGUUUGAGAAGAUGCCGAAGGCUACGAACGAUGCUCAGCUUUUGAUUCAGUCUCUCCGCAAGGCGUACGCCGCCACGCCAACUAACCUCAAGAUUAUUGAUCUGUAUGUGGUUUUCGCUGUUGCGACGGCGCUGAUUCAGGUGGUUUACAUGGGAAUAGUUGGAUCAUUUCCAUUCAACUCUUUCCUCUCCGGUGUACUUUCGUGCGUAGGGACGGCAGUACUCGCAGUUUGUCUCCGCAUUCAAGUCAACAAAGAGAACAAGGAAUUUAAGGAUCUACCGCCAGAACGUGCCUUCGCCGAUUUCGUCCUCUGCAACUUAGUGCUCCAUCUGGUGAUCAUGAACUUCCUUGGAUAGAUGAAACCACCUGAAAUUCCCCAUACAAUAUUUAUGCAUGUUAUGUCAUAGGACUUUGCAGAGGGCAUCAACAUUUUACUACCGAAUGAGUAAAGUUGGUGUUUUAACCAGGAUCUUUUUGGUCACAACAUGGGUGGAGAAAUAACAGUAGUUUUGUCUUAAGAUUGGAUUUGGUAACACUUUGCAGGUUUUUUUUUUUUUUCUUCUUUUUCCCCUCAAAUUUAAUUUUUGUGUCUUAGUGGUAUGAUGAUUUAAUCGUAAUAAAUUUAGGGCUUCCAACUGCUUGCAUGA